AUGGCGGCGGCAGCGGAGGAGGCGCGGCUGCUGGCCUGGCUGCGCGGCCCGGCGGCGCCCGGCAGCCCCGAGCUCGCCGCUUAUGUGUCGGAGCUGGCGGCGCUGGGGCUGGCGGAGCUGGGCCGGGAGCCGGCGCGCCUGGCGGCGGAGCGGGCGCGGGUCGGGGACGAGACCCGCCGCCUCGCCUUCGAGCACUACCGAGCCUUCAUCCGCUCCGCCGAGUGCACCGGCCGCGCCGGCCGCGGCUUCGGAGGCAUCGAGAGCCGCCUGGGCAGCCUGCUGGAGCGGCUGCCCGCGCUGCAGGACGCCUGCCGGACCUUCAUGCGCGAUGCCGAGGCCAUCGCCUGCAGCCGGCGCAUGAACAGCCUGACCCUGAACCGGCACACGGAGAUCCUGGAGAUCCUGGAGAUCCCGCAGCUCAUGGACACGUGUGUCCGGAACGGCUACUACGAGGAGGCGCUGGAGCUGACGGCCUACGUGCGCCGCCUGGAGAGGAAGCACAGCAGCAUCCCCGUCAUCCAGGGCAUCGUGGCAGAGGUGCGCCAGUCCGCGCAGCUGAUGCUGAACCAGCUCAUCCAGCAGCUGCGCACCAACAUCCCGCUGCCCGCCUGCCUGCGCGUCAUCGGCUUCCUGCGCCGCAUGGACGUGCUCACCGAGGCCGAGCUGCGCGUCAAGUUCCUGCAGGCGCGCGAUGCCUGGCUGCGCUCCGUGCAGGCCGCCAUCCCCGACCACGACCCCUACGUGCACAUCACCAAGACCAUCGAGGCCUGCCGCGUGCACCUGUUUGACGUUGUCACGCAGUACCGCGCCAUCUUCUCGGACGAGGAGCCGCUGGUGCCGGCCGAGGGCGCGGCGCCCGCCGAGGGGGCCAUCUUCCACGGCUGGGUGCUGCAGAAGGUCUCCGAGUUCCUGCGGGUGCUGCAGCGCGACCUGGAGCGCGGCGUGGGCGGCCGGCUGGACUCUCUGCUGGGGCAGUGCAUGUACUUCGGGCUGUCCUUCAGCAGGGUGGGCGUGGAUUUCCGCGGGCAGCUGGCCCCCCUCUUCCAGCGCGUGGCUGCCGACGCCUUUGGGAAGGCAGUGGAGGAGGCGGUGGAGAAGUUCCGGGAGGAGAUGAAUUCCUACACGCUGAUCUCGGCACCAGCCAUGCUGGGGGGCGGUGCGGGAGUGCCGGUGCCCACGGCCCAGCCGGGGACCCUGCAGCCCCCCAUGGUGCUGCUGGACUUCCCACCCCUUGCCUGCUUCCUCAACGGGCUCCUCGUGGCCUUCAAUGACCUGCGGCUCUGCUGCCCCAUCGCCCUGGCACAGGACGUCACCGCCUGCCUGGACAGUGCCCUUGGUGAGGUGACCAAAACCAUCCUGGCCUUCCACCGUGCUGAGGAGGCGGCUUUCAGCGGGCGGGAGCAGGAGCUCUUUACCCAGUUUUGCACAGCCUUCCUGGAGGAUCUGCUGCCCUACCUGAACCGCUGCCUCCAGGUGCUUUUCCCUCCAGCACAGAUCGCACAGGCACUGGGUGUCCCCCCCACGCAGCUGCAGCGUUUCGGCCGCCUGGGCCGCAUCGACGUGGCCGCGCUCAGGGAGCCGCUGGCUUUCCUCCUUCCGCCGGCGCCGGGCGAGGACGAGCCGUCCCCGGAGAGCGCCGCGGACGCCGAGGGGGAGCACGCGGCCGUGCCCCCCGAGCCCCCGGAGAUCCCGUCCGGGGCGGCGGCGCUGCCGGGCGAGGCGGCGGCCGCGGGGCAGCCGGGCUAGGAGCGCGCGGGGCCGCCAGGGGGCGCGCGGCGGCGCGGGUGCGCGCGCACGCGGUGCGCCAUGGCGGCGGCGCUGGGGCGGGCGGCGGGACGGGCCCGGCCGGGGCCCGCGCUGCUCCCGGGGCCCGCGCUGCU